UGCAUGCCAACAUGCAAAACAUCUAACGUAUGUAGUUGUGGAUAAACAGAAGAAUCAUCUUCUGAUAUUUUUCUAAAAACCGCGCGCAAGACGAGCGGAAUUAUAUUUUUGAAAUUGAGCUGAAUCUUUCGAGCACACACGGUAUCGAAGAUGUCGAUUGGAGUACCUAUUAAGGUGCUUCACGAGGCCGAGGGCCACAUCAUAACCUGCGAGACCAAUACCGGCGAAGUGUAUCGCGGCAAACUGAUAGAAGCUGAAGACAAUAUGAACUGUCAGAUGCAAAAUAUAACAGUGACUUAUCGAGAUGGUCGGGUAGCUCAACUGGAGAAUGUGUACAUACGCGGUUCGAAAAUACGAUUUCUUAUACUACCGGACAUGCUGAAGAACGCGCCCAUGUUCAAACGACCGGGUGGCAAAGGUUCCGGCACUGCCGGCAGAGGAAAGUCCGCUAUAUUGCGUGCCCAAGCUCGUGGCAGAGGAAGAGGACAGAAUCAAAGAGGCAAAGGCACUGGUUCGGCACCAUGGCUUAAUCAACAAGGUCAACCUGGUGGAUCUCAAGCUGGAAGAGGCAGGAAUUAAACUUAAUUAUAAAAUGUACAUAUAUUUCUAAUAUUAAAUAUAAUUGUGACUUUAUUUAAAUAUUUUCAACCAUCUGUAGAAUACAUUUAUACAUUUACUCAUUUUCAUCUUAAGACACAUGCAUGUGCAUUUUUUAGAAACAAUAACAAAUUUAGUCACUGAUAGAGUAGUUAUUUAUUUUUGUGGUCAAUGUUUAGUCUAUUAGCAUACAAGUCUCCCCAUUUCCUAAUGUAA